AAGAGUUGAGUUCGUUAGUUCACUUUGUCGUGUUGGAGAGAAACUUGUCUGUAAAUGCAGAAUCAAAAGGUCGACCAUACAGAUACUGUCGCUAACCUUAGAAGGCGAAGACAACGGAGUGGUAGCCCAGCGCGGUUGGCGACCAUGCUAAAGAUAACCGAGUGCGCUGUGCAGGACACGACGCCACUGACAGGAGACCGUUACUUUGAAUACAAUUCCAUUUCUCUGCGUUUAAACGUUGGAAACAUCUGAGAUAAUGUCAGUACACAGCUCAACAUAUACACAACAUGGGUCGAGUUGUUCUUAGACUUUAAUGUUACAUUUUAUACCUUCUAAGCAUCAAGUGUCUCAUUUCUGCCAGAGAGAUGGAUGGAAAGCUUCAGUGCAGAUAUACAUGCACCGACUCUUAAUCAGUGUUAGUGAGAUAACACAUCAAAUCAGUGAUUCAUAUCAGCUGUGAUUCGGAGAUAAUGAGCGAGGUGGUGCUUUCACUAAUUGUUUCACAUGACCUCCAUCACUUAGUAGGAAGCAGCACUGUAUGUUACCAGGAGGCCACUCGCCGUGCCAAGAAGACACGUGACCUCCAAACAAUACGAAACGAUUAAAACACUAAUGCCACUUUGCAGAGCAAAUGGGAAAGAUGUGCUGAAGAGCAGAACAAGCAAAGCACCACGAGCUGAGUGGCUACGAUGAAGACAGAGAUGCGGUUGAAAGCUGCAGAAUAAGUUUGUAAAUGGACUUUGUGUUACACAAGCGGCGUGCGUCCUGGGAUGGAUUAGCACGACAUUUGGUCCACACAUUAGUGUUCCCCACAGGAUGAAGAAGAACUUUGAUGAUCCUCAGACGUCCAUCAGAGGCCGUACAGGAGAUCUGUGUCGAAGGAGGAGCCCCUCUGGAGGACAGGGUAAGUGGCAGACCCCUCUGUAUGACGGCGGCCGAGGCGAAACCACCAACGAUGUCGAGAGGGUACAGGGGGAAUUCGGUAACGCUGCAGCUCGGCAGGGGGAAGCAGAAUCUGCCGCAGCUCAACAGGGAACAGAACAGGGGUCUGCCACAGCUCGGCGGCAGCAUCAGGUUUCUGCCGCAGUUUGGCGGCAGCAUCAAGGGUCGGCGGCAGCAUCAAGGGUCUGCCGCAGUUCGGCGGCAGGAUUGGAGGGAUCAGGGCUGUGUGCUGUCUCAUCACAUGCUGCACGUCAGUACCAUGUUAUCUCUGAGCUGAAGACCAUGACUGAAGCACAAAGUUACUGCAGAGAGAAAUACACGGACCUGGCCUCUAUACACAACAUGGAGGAUGUGAACACCCUGAACAACGUGGUGAAACAUGGAAAAUAUCGAGCCUGGAUAGGGCUGUAUGAUGAGAGCUGGAGGUGGUCAUUGUCCAACAGCAGCUUCUACAAACCCGGGGAGACGGAGUUCAGAUCGUGGUUUUCUGUAAAACCCAGAGGCUACAGUCCAAGCUGCGCAAGCAUGCGUCCUAGACCUGUACAUUGGCAGCCCUACGCAUGUAACAAGAAGCUUAACCCAGUCUGCAUGGAUGUCACAGGGACAGAUGUCACAUUUUCCUACAUCGACAACUUAAUGACGUGGACUGAAGCCCAGAGCUACUGCAGAGAACACCACACAGACCUGGCCAGCAUGAGAAACAAGAAGGACAACAAGAAGGUACAUGAGCAGAAACCUUUUCUGACCCCAGUCUGGAUCGGCCUUUUCAGAGACACGUGGAAGUGGUCGGAUGGGAGUGACUUCUCAUUCACUCACUGGACACAAUCUGUGGAAAAUAACAGCAAACCUUUGAGUGAGAGUUGUGUGGUUGCAAACUUCGCCUUCUCUGGAGAAUGGGAGGACGAGAGCUGUGAGACCAAGAAUUCAUUCAUCUGUUACAAAGCUGUUUCAAAGCAAGAGAUCAAAGUGAUCAAAAUGAGGUUUGUGAAAAAAGACUCCUCUCUGGAUCUGAAUGACCCUGCGGUGCAGGAGAACAUGUUGCAGCAGAUGAAAAAGAAGCUGAAGGACCAGGGAUUGGAUGACAACAUCAAACUGAGCUGGAGGAAGCAGGCAGAUGGAAAAGUCUUCCACAAGGAAGAGAAGGUGAAGGAUGAGCUUUAAUGUGGAGUCGCUGUCGGUCUCAUGUGACGGCUCAGAACAGAGCUGCAACAGCUGAUUCAUCUGUUCGUUAAGAUUUCAUUCUUUUCUUUCUUAUUUAGGGUCAUGAACUUAAUAUCUUUGGGCUUUACUGUUUAUCUGCUUGUUCUGUGGGAAAUAAUAACAGUUUUUUGACAUUUUAUAUGAUUAGAUAAAAUAUGAUCAGAAACUAUAAGAUAAAAUAAGAUUUCACUGAAGGAAACUCCAGAGAGUAAAACACCAAUAGAAAUGAUGACGUUUGAUGUUGAGAAGAAUCUUUCAAAUCUAUUUUCAUGAGAAAGAAAAUGAUUUCUUCAUUUAAGAGAAAUAUUGCAUCAAAACAAAGUGUUGUGUCUCAGAAUAUCUUCAGAUGAGUUGUAUCGCAAAUAAUUAUAUGUAUUAUUCUUAUUCUGUCACUUUGUUAGGGAGGCAAACUUUAAACAAUUUACCUACAAUUAUUUAUGUGACUUUUCUAUGAUAACUAAUAUUUACUGGUUCUUUCUUCUUAAAUAUAAAGAUUUGAUGAGUGUUUUGUCAGAUAUGGUCAUAAACUAAAUAUCUUUUGGUUUUAAAAUUGUGUCA